CAAGGAAUCAACACACCAACUGCCGGCAUGCCGCCGCGAAGGUCUCACAAGAAGUCCCGCAACGGCUGCGAGCUGUGCAAGAAAAGAAGGGUCAAGGUCGGGAAAUCCUGCACUUCCAGCUGCUGUCUCAGCUUAAAGUUAUCUCUAGAAUCGGGACUCGCGCGCAUACUAACACACAAUCACUCGAUCGUAGUGUGAUGAACAGGACCCGUGUUCGAAUUGUUUGACGCGGGGGACGACUUGUAGCUAUGAGCGUCGACUUAGUCCGCUUGCUCAUCAAAAUGGAUUACAUAUUAGUGCGUCCAGUUCUGGGUCUGAAGCGAGAGAUGAGCGUACCCGCCAAAAUACGGCCUUGCUAUCUCUCCGUAAGGACUGCUACGACUCAUUCUAUCGGAAGAUGACCGUGCUCGCCCGGUCUUCAGAAUGGACUGGCCGCGACCCCGAGUUGAUGCACCAUUAUUCUCUCUACACAUCUAGGUCUAUUGCAAAGAGGCCGGAGAUGCAACAAGUAUGGCAGGUUGAAAUUCCUAAGACUGCAUACUCACACGAGUUUUUGAUGCAUGGAAUCCUCGCCCUAUCAGCACUUCAUAUCGCCUGUAGCUGUCCUGGAAGAUACAGCAGCUAUCUGAAAAGCUCCAGGUACCAUAUUACUCUCGCUUUACGCUCCUUUCGAAGGGCUCUUCUCUCACCAACAGCCGAGAAUUGUUGCGCACUGUUUGCCUCUUCGAGUAUAAUCAUGUUGUACACCUUCGCGACCCCCGCGGAGCCAGACGGCGCUGGUACAUGGGCGAUCCUAGAGUCGUUUAUAGAACUCUUUCAACUCUGUCGAGGUAUUUUGGCACUCAAGGGCUUUAUGACUGAGAUCCGAAACAGCCCCCUUCGGCCACUGUUUCGGCAAGACUUCGACGUACCAGUCUAUAUCGCGAAGGGGAACCCAAACAAACUAUUUGUUGGCUUAGAGAACGAACUCCACCAACUCAGUUCCUUCCUUGAUGCGGAGCUCCCAGAAAUUCAUCAGAGAUUCUCAUGCGGUCAUGCACUGGAGCAACUUGAUUAUUCAUUCAAGUGUAUUCAAAACGCCGAGUUGCCCUUGGAGUGUGGAAUGAUCUUCAUUUGGCCAAUCUCUGUCAAGGAAGAAUUUAUAUAUCUUGUGAAAGAGAUGAACGUGGGAGCCCUUGUAUUGAUGGCCUAUUACUGUGCCCAGCUCUGUUUAUUUGAAGAUUACUGGUUUGUUGGAGAAAGGGCACGAUCGCUCUUUUCGGAGAUCUCGACUGCAUUGCCGGAACGGCUAUGGAAAUGGCUGGCCUGGCCUAAGAGCGUCAUAUAUCAUAAAGUUGACUUGGUAAUUAUUUGACGAUGUCUUGCUACUGGACACCAGGACGCUGAUUACCACUUGGUUAAGUAGCCGU